AUGCCCGCUCUAACCUCGAAGAAAGCACGAAGUGAAGAGAAGAAAUCAGAGCCGCAGCAGCCAAGCACGGCCAACAUCAAAUUGGAGAGUGACAAGGACCGGAACCAUCUGCGACAGCGGAAGAAGAAAGACAACAGCGAGGACAAGGAUACCAGGAACAAGGAGCUCGUAAACGAGGAGGUGAAUGCCACGGACGACAGCUCUGGUGCACCGGUGACAGCCAACGGGCAGCUAAAGCCGAAGCCAAUGCCAGAAGGGCUUUGGAAGAUCGUGACAUGGUCCCACAAGGAGCAGGUGAAAGCCCGGCAGGCAGCAGCCAGCGCGAUGCAGUUCGACCUUCUCCUCAUUUUGACCAAGCCGGUCAUCCCGCUGAUCAUGCUUGUGGCCACAGGGCAGGUCUGGAAUGGCAUCUUGUCCUCCAUGUUUAUUGGCCAUGCUUUGCGGAAGUGGGUGCCGCAGAUGAGCUACGAGGCUCAACACCUCUUCUGCGCUCUCUUCGGAGUUCUCCACACCAUGCUGGGCGUAUCCGCUUCGAAGCUGGAGGACUAUGCGAAUCGAGAAGGAAGCAAAAUGCUCCACCUGGCUUGGGCCUGGUCACUCAAGGAUGUUCUCUCGGUGAUGCACAUGUGCCAGCUUGGAGCUGCCGUAACUGCCCUGUCGGCAUUGGGCAAUGAGCCGUCCUAUGCCGCUUCCUUUGCCUCGGGCAUUGCGCUGCGCAUUGCCGUGGGGCAGGAUGCCUUUCGUGGGUUGGGAUUUGCUCACACCGUUGCAGAUUACUUCCAGGCAACGGUCAGAGACCUCGGCGUGUCCAUGGACGCUGCCGAGGAGGUCGUGGCGUACAGUGGCGGAGGUAUCGGCGACUGUGGAGGGGGGCCCUUCCGAAUGCUCUUCGGUGAUGAGACGUUGGCAGCUGCUGCCGCGGCAAUCCUCAAGGUGUGGCUGCUCUUGCUGCCCGCCCUCUCCACGGCACAGUGGCUGCAGCGAACCAUCCAUGCCGGGCGCAUGCUUGGGAAGCGAUACAAGCUCACCCGUGUCAUUCAGCGGCUAAUCCUCUGCCUCUUGGGUGUCCUGCAGAUCUGCCUGUUUGCCAUGAGCGAGCUGAAUGCGUCCAAUGGGGCCCUGAUCAACUACUGGUUGGCGAUGCUUUUCGGAUGCGCUGGAGAGUCCUUGCUGAGCACGUUCGACAUCCGCGGCCCUGUGCGGCAGAUCAUUUUCCUCCUGCUCUUCGUGAUGAUGUGA